AACUCUAAAUUUAAGGUUUUUUAAUUAUUAUUUAUAAAUUAAUAAUAAAUUUAUAUAUUCAUUUAUGGUUUAGUUUAAUCUAAUUUGAUGAAGAUGUUCAAGUGUGAUCAAGUUGUGCAACAGACAUUGCUUUUCUACAAAGGAUUUGGCUGUAUAGGUACCUAAUGGGAAAUGUUCCCUCUUCCUCAACUCUAAAGAAAAUGAAAUUACUACUAUUAUCCUACAAAAUUCAGUAGAAAUUGAAUGAAUGCUAUCUCGCUCACAUACAAAGAAUCCGAAUAACUUUAUACCGCUUUAAAAAAUAAAGACAAAUUUAGUUGUCUUUCGAGACAGAUUUCUUCCACUGAUUUUGUGGAAGGAAUUAUCAUAUUUGUUUCGGCAAAAUAUUAAUUAAUUCAAAAUUGCUUGUGUAAUACAACUUAAAUAAAACAAUGGUGGUGACCGCCGACGUCUAUUUACCCGAAGAUUCAGAGUUGACCGUCCAAGAGGUCAAUUUAUCUGGAUCAACUUUAUACGCUGGUUCCUUUCAUUUGGGAAAAUAUUGUGAAACCAUUAACAAUGAGUACAUGCUGUGUCGUCAAGAAGAGAAUGAUCCUAGAAAAUGUAUCAACGAGGGUAAGGCAGUCACUGCCUGUACAUUGGAGUUCUUCAGGAAAGUGAAGAAGACCUGCUUGGCUGAGUUUAAUCAGUACUCUAACUGUUUAGACAAGAGCUCAGGAGACUACGCUUUCAGGCAUUGCCGGAAGACUCAAGGUGUUUUUGAUCAGUGCAUGCUUGAGAAACUAAACUUACCACGCCCCGGCUUUGGAUAUUUCUGCGAGGCUCGAGUCCAUGAUACCAAGAGACCGAAGCCUCUACCGGAGCCGAAGGCUGUCUACCCGGACGCCACGCCAGCUCUACCAGAAGACGCCGAGAAGAAACCACCAAGGCUCGGCUCCCGUUUCUACUGGAUGACGGAAUAGUGCGAGAUACGGCGAAUACGCCACCGACAUGCUAGUGCGAGACGAUGCUGUGUUGCCAAUUAUAAAAUUUACUAUUUGAGUAGAAAUCUGACAUCUUUGGUGUUUCAAAUAAUCUCGUUCGGCGAUGUGGUGCGCGUUAUAUGAAGUAAAGCAUUAGAUAGAGUUUUGUUUAGCUUUUUGAUAUUUUUUGUGUUAAAUAAAUAAUAAAAAUCAUGGAUGAUUAUACCUUCGAUGUCUAAUGUGCUACUUUGUAAGAAGAUGAAUAGUAAAUAAUAUUAUUGUAGAGAAAUAUAUUGUUGAAACAAA